ACAUUCAUUUGUGUAUUAUUACUAAUCUUUCGCCGAAAUUAAUAUAUAUUUCAAAUGAUUCGUCCUUAAAUAUGUGAAAGGUUGACAUGAAUGCCUGUUUUUCUCAAUGAAUGUUUCAGACGAAGAAAAACUGAGUGAUAACUUUCCAUUCAAUUGAUAACGUCUGGUGAACGAUAUCGUUUUAUUUGAAUAAUUAUGGAAAGAAACGAUAGCUCAAGUGCGAUGUCCUCGUUGGCUAUGUAUGGUGGGGCUGACGAAGAAAUUUCUGAUGACGAACAACAGAAACUUGAUUCUCCUUCAAUAUCUGCAAUUGAUAAUAUUUCGGAUGAAGAGACAGAAUUGCCAAGCUCCCGACCAUCUUCAAGACCAGUUUUGGAUGAUGACUACAACUCUGGAUCUAGUGUGCCUGACAAGGAACCAACGAAGAAACCAUUGAAAAGAAAACCUACUAGAUUAGUGUCCUAUGCUAAGGAUGAUCUUGAAUCUGAUGAGGAAGAAAAAUCUGAUGAAGAAGAAGAGGAACAAAAUGAUCUCACACCAGAUGAGCAUGUUCUGAAUUCUUCUUUAAACCCAGAACAAGCAUCUCUGUUGUCAAGAAGUGUGUUAAACAAAACAGCAGAUGAGAUAGAAAUACCCCCAGAACCUGCAGGAAAAUGCCCUCGUCAUUUGCAGGAAAAGAUUGCUAAACUGUAUGAGAAAAUGCGAAGAGAUGGACUCAAUAUGGUGGCAUCAAUAGAAAGAAGAAAGGAUUUCCGAAAUCCUAGUAUAUGUGAGAAACUGAUAGAAUACUGUGGCAUAGAUGAGAAAGGCACCAACUAUCCUCCGGAAAUUUUUGAUCCACACAGAUGGGGUAAAGAGUCAUUUUAUGAUGCCCUAG